AUGCUGGACCCGCCCAAUCAGCCCGUCUACCACCAUUUGGGCAUCUCAACCGGUGUGCUGCGUAAAAUCGGCUUCGUUCUGCUGAUCGUGGCCCUCGUCGCAGUGGCGGCCCGAAAGUCAUGGAUCGAGCCGCAAAAUGGUCACAUCAGUCGUCCCAACCGUUACCGUAAAGAUACCAACGACGCGUGCCCUUCCAACCGCCCGUUUGUCUGCUACGUGUUCGAUGAGCUAGAAAGGCCUUACCCUGAACUGUCUGGCCCCAAGGAUACGCAGCAAUUCUGUCUGUCCACUCCGCCGGCGCCCGUGGUCACCACAGGGCCCCUACCAACUCAGGCCCAAGCAGAUGGCCUUCCGCCUUUGAUCUGGCUUUACAUUGCAAUCGGCACCACGAUCUUUGUUCUGCUGGCCGCUAGCGGCGGCGCCUACGCACUAAAGAAACGUCGGGAAAAGAAAAAACUGCUCUCGGAGAAGGGGUCAGCAUCUGAAGAAGGGCCGUUGCGGGCAGGCGACCCAGUCAGCUCAACGGAGUCAGCCGAGGCACCCAAGCCGCCCGAGGCACCCAAGUCACCCGAAGCAACAAAGCCGCCCGAGGCACCCAAGCUCCCAGUGCCACCGCUCAAGCUUGUGAUGUUUACGGAGGCCACGGACGAAUUUCCCAUCACAAAGUCGAUGGGGGACGGCGAGGCGGUCAUUUUCGAGAACCCGCAGGAAGCGCUGGAUAAAUUGUUAACCCCGCCGUUGAGACACUUCAAGAAAGUAAAAGAAGGGCAGGUCUUGCCGCUGGAGUUGUCGAAUGUCAGCUACUUCCGAGCGAAAAAGAUCGAGGUGAAGUUCAACGACGAACAACCGAACGUGGUCAAGCGUCUUGAACCCAUGCCUAAUGUGCUGAAGCCACCGUACGCUCCGCUAUCCCAGGAAGAAGAUGCGAUGAAACACAAUGAGAACGAGGCAAUGAGACAAGCGCGAGCCAAGGCAACAAAAGCGUUGAGUAAACAGGUCAAAUGGGAGAACGAGGAAUGGGUGAUCGUCCCACGACAGCACGUCCAUGCCGGAUCUUUGCCGAACGAAGACGAUAGACUCUCCUCCGGGGCCGGCACCCCGUCGCCAGCCGCAGACGAGGAGCUGACGCGCGCCGAGAAGAAAGAAAAGAAAAAACAGGAUGACCCAGGUAUUAACACAAACGACGAAGAUGCAGAGCUUCUCGGAAAGAAGGCCCCCCGUGUCACCAAGGAGCAAUAUGAAGAAGGCCUGGUCGAGGCGAAAAAAAUGCUUCCCAAAGUGUUCAGCAAAGCACGGAUGUUGGCCGGAAAACGGGUCGGAAUCAGCCUCGAAAGCCUUGACAAGAUCAACGCCGCAGUGUUGUUCAUGCUGCAACAAGAUUCGAGACAAGUUGUGCUGGUCGACGGCCCGGCGAUACUUUUCGGCGACUUGCAUGGAAAUGAUAUUGAUCUCUCGUUGUACCUUACCACCCUUACCGAUCACGUCGGUCACGCCGAUCCCAAAAUGUGCACAGACGGAAUCCGCCUGAUCUUCAUGGGCGACUACGUUGAUCGUGGAGAGUUUUCGCUGGAGGUGCUCCUCAAGAUCCACAUCCUGAAGAUCCUCUAUCCUGAUCGGGUCCACCUCCUCCGCGGGAAUCACGAGACAGCUCGCAUCAACACGAGAUACGGCUUCUACGAGGAACUUACCCGCCGCUUUGAAUUUAAAGCGGCUAAGGAAAUGUGGCGCACGUUCAACUGGAUCUUUUCGUGGUACCCGUUGAUCGCGCACAGCCCCGGCAGGUUCAUCGCGAUGCACGGCGGUGGUGGCGAAACCGUGGCCGAGGACGGCGUUGCUGGAGUCAAUGCGGUGGGGAAGCCGAUUUGCGACCCUGACACCAAUACCACGGCGAGUGAAGUGAUGUGGUCGGAUUUCAAUGCAGCCACUGGAGGCGAAUGCGGAUUUGUCGAAAACGUACAUCGUGGGAAUGGUGUGUAUUUCAACCAACUGGGGCUGUCCCUCAUUCUCGAAAAUUGCAAUGUCGGGUUGAUGGUGCGUGCCCACCAGUUGAAACCGUCUGGUUUCGGCAUGGCGGGCAAGGGAAAAUGUGCCACCGUUUUCUCGUCGUCGAACUACCAGCUGCCGACGCGUAACCACGGUGCCAUUCUGUGCAUCGGUGAGGACAGUUUCACCGUCUUUCAACUCAUCGUCAAGGACUGCAACGGAGAUUUUCCGUUCCGAGAAGUGCACGACGCUCGCGUCGUGGACGCCCCACCGUCCGGCAAGAGGUGCUCCCCGUUCCCCGCCAGCGAAGCCAAGCCACCGAACUCUCACACGAUGGGCAAGCCGACCGUCGACCCGACCAACAUCGCCGAGCUCGGUCAGUUUUUCGAGACGGUUAUUCGGGACGAGGAGUUGGCCCGAAAACACGACCAGCAGCUGCUCGAGCUCACCAACCGGAUGGCCAACGAGGGCCGCAUCGCCGAGCUGAAGGAUGCGUUCAUCGCGUCGCGGAACCACCUCGACUCGUUGCCGAAUGCGCGGGCGAGCAAGAUUGUGCGCACCCUAGUCGACGCAUGCCUGCGCGUCAAGGGCUCGUCGAACGUGGAGAAGGAGGCGCUCUGCCUCGAGGCCAUCGGCUGGGCCAAGUCGACGGCGCGGCUGUACCUGUCGCGCGCGUUGCGCGCUCGCCUCGUCCGCCUCUACAACGACAUCGGAAAGUACGGCGAGGUGCUAAAGAUUACUGCCGAGUUGAUGCGCGAGAUUCGCAAGGUCGAGGACCGCGAGCUGUUGAUUGAGAUUGCGCUCGAGGAGAGCCGGGCUGCGUUCGCGCUGAACAACUUCUCGAAGGCGAAAACGGCGCUGGCCACGGCGCGCACCGUCUCCAACGGUUUCUACACGUCUGUGGCCUUGCAGGCCCAGCUCGACCUGCAAUCCGGGGUGCUGUACGCGGCCGACGAGCGCGACUUCAAGACGGCCUACUCGUACUUCUUCGAGGCGUUCGAGGGGUUCAGCCAGCUUGACGAUCGCCGUCGUGCGACACAGGGCUUGAAGUACAUGUGUCUGUGCAAGGUGAUGCUGGACGACUCGGAGACGAUGAAGGCCUUCCUCGAGUCGAAGGCCUGCCAGCCCUACUUGAAAGAGAAGGAUAUUGAGGCGAUGAAGGAACUGUCCGUGGCUUUCCGGAAGCGCUCGCUCGCCAUUUUUCAGGAGUGCUUCGCCAAGUAUCCGAUCGAGCUGAAGCAAGACCUUGUUGUCCACGGCCACUCGACGUUCCUCUAUGAGAGCGUGCUGGAGAAGGAGAUUUGCCGCGUCGUCGAGCCGUACUCGUCCGUCGAGGUGAAGCACGUGGCCGAGCGGAUCGGACUGCCAUACGAGAGAAUCGAAAAGAAGCUCGACAAGAUGAUUCUUGAUCUGAAGUUGCGAGGUGUCGUCAACCAGCAACAGGGCAUUCUGAUGAUCCUCGAGCCGCCGCCCAGCGAGAAGACCUACCAGAAAGCCAACGAUCUGCUGAAGGCCCUCAACAAAGUGGUGGAUGCUUGCCAGCAGCAGACCGCCGCGCUCUUC